AUGAAGGCGAGAAGAAAUAAAAAGCAGAUCCCAAGCUUUCGGAAGUUGCUGAAAACUAGUAAAGUGAAACUUGAAAACAAGCUAAAAAAUAAGCAAUUUAAACAACAAAGCACUCUCAAGAAGUACCGAAAAGAACAGAGGAAACUAAGGCAAGCUGUAAAAGAUGCUGUGUCUAAGAAACCGAUUCCACUGGAAGACCCAAGGGAAAAACAACCAGGUAAAAGGAUUGAGAGGGAAGAGGAGGAAGAAGAGGAAGCCCUUCCUUUAGAUAUGAUGGAUGAAGAUGACUUACAGUUAAUGAGAGACUUAGGACAAAGAGCAUCUUUUCUAACAAGAGAUCUUUCUUCUAGUGAACCUGUUCAUGUCAAGAAACGAAAGCAUGAGCGUAUUAUAGAAAAAUAUGAAAAAAUACCAAGAACUCUGCAAACUGCACCGGAGAAGGAACUGAUUCACUUGCUUCCUAUCAAGGAUAAAAGUGGUAUAAUCCCACAGACCAGGGAGAAGCCAGUUACUGACAAUAACCAAGAUGAAGAGGAUGAAGAAGAGAUGGAACUUGAGGAAGAGAUCAUUGAAGAUCCCAUUCGAGAACUGACAUUAGAAGAACAUUUAAUUGAGAGAAGGAAGAAACUACAGGAGAAGAAAAUGCAUAUUGCAGCCUUGGCGUCUGCCAUAUUAUCAGACCCAGAAAGUAAUAUUAAAAAAUUGAAAGAAUUACGUUCCAUGCUGAUGGAACAGGAUCCUGAUGUGGCUGUUACUGUUCGAAAAUUGGUGAUAGUUUCCCUGAUGGAGUUAUUUAAAGAUAUUACUCCUUCAUAUAAAAUACGACCCCUCACCGAGGCAGAGAAAUCUACCAAGAUUCGCAAAGAAACCCAAAAGUUAAGAGAAUUUGAAGAAGGCCUGGUUAGCCAAUAUAAAUUUUAUUUGGAAAAUCUGGAGCAAAUAAUUAAAGAUUGGAAGCAAAGGAAACUGAAGAAAAGUAAUGUAGUUUCCUUAAAGGCAUACAAAGGACUGGCAGAAGUGGCUGUGAAGAGCCUGUGCGAGCUGUUGGUGGCGCUGUCUCAUUUCAACUUUCACAACAACAUCAUUGUACUGAUUGUCCCUCUCAUGAAUGACGUGUCAAAAUCGAUAUCUGAAAUGUGUUGUGAGGCAGUAAAGAAACUGUUUAAACAAGAUAAAUUAGGCCAAGCUUCCCUUGGUGUAAUUAAAGUGAUUUCUGGUUUUGUGAAGGGCAGAAAUUAUGAAGUUAGACCAGAGAUGUUAAAAACAUUCUUGUGCUUAAGAAUCAAGGAAGUAGAAGUGAAAAAAGAUACAGAGGACAUUAAUAAACCAAAAAAGUUCAUGACUUUCAAGGAAAAGAGAAAAACUCUUUCAAGAAUGCAGAGAAAGUGGAAGAAAGCAGAAGAGAAAUUGGAGAGAGAGCUUCUAGAAGCAGAAGCUUCAGAGAGCACUGAGAAAAAACUUAAACUGCACACAGAGACUUUGAAUAUUGUGUUUGUAACCUACUUCAGAAUAUUGAAGAAGGCCCAGAGGUCACCUCUCCUGCCAGCAGUUCUAGAAGGUCUUGCCAAGUUUGCUCACCUUAUAAAUGUCGAGUUUUUUGAUGAUUUAUUAGUAGUACUGCAUACUCUCAUUGAAUCUGGUGACCUGAGCUAUCAAGAAAGCCUUCACUGUGUCCAGACUGCUUUUCAUAUUCUUUCUGGUCAAGGUGACGUUCUGAAUAUUGAUCCAAUGAAAUUCUAUACACAUCUAUAUAAAACACUGUUCAAGUUACAUGCAGGUGCUACCAACGAAGGCGUCGAGAUUGUACUCCAGUGCCUUGACGUCAUGCUAACUAAGCGCAGAAAGCAAGUUUCUCAGCAGAGAGCCCUUGCCUUCAUCAAGCGUCUUUGUACCCUCGCUCUUCAUGUUCUUCCAAAUUCAAGCAUUGGCAUUUUAGCAACUAACAGAAUAUUAAUGCAUACUUUCCCAAAAACAGAUUUGUUGCUUGACAAUGAAUCUCAGGGAAGUGGGGUUUUCCUUCCUGAACUGGAUGAACCUGAGUACUGUAACGCCCAGAACACGGCUCUUUGGGAAUUGCAUGCACUCCGGAGACAUUACCAUCCCAUUGUGCAGAGAUUUGCAGCUCACCUGAUCGCCGGAGCACCUUCUGAAGGCUCGGAAGCGCUCAAACCAGAGUUGAGCCGGAGAUCUGCUACAGAACUUUUUGAGACUUACAGCAUGGCUGCAAUGACAUUCAAUCCUCCUGUUCAGUCUUCAAGUUCCAAAAGGAAGGAUGAAGUUUUACAAGGGGAUGCAUUUUUGAAUGAAGAUUUAAAUCAACUAAUCAAAAGAUAUUGCAGUGAAGUCGCUACUCACUUGCCUCUGGAUUUCAGCAGAUAUUCGACAACAUCACUGCGGAGGUAG